UCCCACCCAGUCCCGGAGUUGCGCCCUGCAGGCGCGCAAGCGGAGCAGAAGCCGGACUCGGUCGGUGCGUUGCAGGCGGAACUGCGCGGAAUCCAAAGGAGGCUCGCACGGGGGCCCCCGGCCUACCAUGCAAAGAGGGCUGCUCUCCGCCCGUCAGGCUUGGAGUCGCUUUAGGACGAUGAACAGCAGCAGCAGCGGCGGCGCCACGGUCGGCCGCUCCCUGGCCGAGAAAGUGGCCCUGGUGACGGCCUCGACCGAUGGAAUCGGCCUGGCCAUCGCACGCCGGCUGGCCCAAGACGGGGCUCAUGUACUGGUGAGUAGCCGCAAGCAGGCCAACGUGGACCGAACGGUGGCCGAAUUGCAGGCCGAGAAUCUCAGCGUGUCGGGCUUGGUGUGCCAUGUGGGGAAGGCUGAAGACCGGCGGCGCCUAGUGGAUGCGGCCGUUGAGCGCUACGGGGGAAUUGAUAUUUUGGUGAGCAAUGCCGCCGUGAACCCUUUCGUCGGAAAUAUUUUGGACGCCUCCGAGGAAGUCUGGGACAAGGUAUUGGAUAUCAACAUAAAGGCAACAGCAUUGCUGGCCAGUCUGGUGGUUCCUCACAUGCAGAAGAGGGGAAGUGGCUCCAUCGUGAUUGUGUCAUCUGUUGCUGGAUAUCUGCCGCUUCCAAGCUUAGGGCCUUACAACGUCAGCAAGACAGCUCUCCUGGGCUUGACCCGCAACCUGGCCAUCGAACUGGCCCAACACAACAUCCGUGUCAACUGUCUGGCGCCCGGCCUGAUCCGCACGAAAUUCAGCUCGGUUUUUUGGCAGGAUGAAAAUGCAAAACAGGUCAUACUGGAAACCUUGCGGAUAAAGAGACUCGGAGUCCCAUCGGAUUGUUCCGGCAUCGUCUCUUUCCUUUGCUCCGCCGAUGCCGACUAUAUCACCGGGGAGACGGUGGUGGUGGAUGGUGGCGCCCUAUCUCAUCUUUGACGAGGAAAUAGUGGUGGCUUCCAGUUCAGCUAGGUCGAUGGAUAGAUAAUCACAUGAGGGUACCCUGGAAAUUAAUUGUGGGAAUGAUUGGGGGGGAUAAUUAGGAAUCUCAGCAGCUCCCAGCUAGGAUGGUGAUUGGAUCAGCUUCAAGAGAGAGGGAGGUCAACAGUCUUAAGAAGCACCAAAAAUGGAGCUUCUGCUAACCAGGUUAGAGGUGUUGUAUGUGUGUGUGUCCUGUUGGAUUUCGGGUGGAAAACACAAGGAGCAGAAUUGCACACGGCUGAGGUUUAGGAAUCCCCGUGCAGACAUGCGCGCGCAAGGAGACCCCGUGUGUACAAGCCCGCUCCGAGCUGUAUUGAGGGAAAAGGUGACUAGGUUGAUCCUGGCUUGUUUAACUUCAUUCCUCUUGGAGGUUGGAGGGGGAAGGGGGGGUUCCCUAAUGCUUCCUGGGAUAUUAGGGGAGGGUCUUUCCAGGGUGGGGGUCUUCUUGGGGAAAAAUUAGCUUGGAGAUGGGGGGGAACAGCCAGAAUCUGGGUUUACAAAUAUCGCUGGUGUUCAUUCCUGGCUUUGCCUCAGUGCCUUGUGUGUAAUAAUUAAAAUAAAGACAUUUUUGGAAUCACA